AUGGAUGACGAAAACACGUCGCUGCUUGAGACAGGCGGCGUACGGGUUGCGGUCGAAGGUUGCGGACAUGGAACUCUUGACUCAAUCUACAAGUCCGUUCAGAAUGCCGCGCAAACGCGAGGCUGGGAUGGUGUGGACCUUCUGAUCAUUGGCGGCGAUUUCCAGGCAGUACGCAACGCAGCAGACCUCACAGUGAUGUCCGUACCCCUCAAGUACCGUAAACUUGGUGACUUCCCAGAUUACUAUAGCGGCCGGACCAAAGCUCCAUUCCUCACUAUCUUCAUUGGCGGCAACCACGAAGCCAGUUCACAUUUAUGGGAACUGUACUACGGCGGCUGGGUAGCACCAAACAUCUACUAUCUCGGGUUUGCCAACGUGCUUCGCUUUGGCCCAAUUCGAAUAGCUGGCAUGAGCGGUAUCUGGAAGGGGUCCGACUACAACAAGCCGCACAUUGAGCGGCUACCGUUUAACCACAGCGAUGUCAAGGGCUUCUAUCAUGUCCGUGAGUUUGAUGUGCGCAAGCUUCUCCUCAUCAGGGAGCAGGUAGAUGUUGGUCUCAGCCACGAUUGGCCCAGAGCCAUUGAGCGACAUGGAAAUGAACAUGCGUUGUGGGGGAUUAAGCCAUUCUUCAAGCAGGAGAGUCUGGAUGGCACCCUUGGAAAUCCUGCGGCAACUUAUGCGUUGGACCGUUUGCGACCGGCGUAUUGGUUCUCAGCGCAUAUGCAUUGCAAGUUCUCGGCAUUGAAACGACACGAAGCUCCCAAAGCAGACGAUGAGGCUGAUGCUGAGCCACAGCCUGUAGUAACGGCCACUAGAGAUCCGUUGGCUGCACCAUUGGAGGAGCCCGCGAACCCAGAUGAGAUUGAUCUCGACAUGGAGGAUGACGAUUCACAUACCACGCCCUCUACACAGGCCCCGGAAACGGGCAAUGGUGUUUCUGAGGAAUUACGAGCUCAGCUGCCAGCGUCAUUUGCCAAGCCGCGGGCAGCUCCACAAGGUGUGCCUGGACAGCCUGUACCUGCGACCAUAUUCAACACGGAGACUCGCUUCCUGGCACUAGAUAAGUGCACACCUGGUAGAAAAUACCUGCAGCUCUGCUAUAUCAAGCCCCUUACGUCGUCGUCUGGGCCGGACUCGCGGGAUCUAAGACUAGAGUACGACCCUGAAUGGCUUGCAAUAACCCGUGCCCUUCACCCAUAUCUCACCAUCGGAGACCGCGACGCCAAGACCCCUGCAAACGAGGGCGAAAAGUUUUACACGGAACUGAUAGACAAAGAACGCACUUGGGUGGAUGAGCACAUCGUCGCCCAGAACAAGCUUGUGGUUCCAGAAAACUUUGCAUUUACCGCUCCUCCACAUAACCCUGGAGACGCAGAGUCAUUGCCAGAGGGGCCAAAAUACCAACCUGAAGAAUACACAAACCCCCAAACUGCUGCAUUUUGCGACCUCCUUCGGCUCAAGAACCUUUGGGAUGCGACGCCUGACGAGAGGAAGGCUAGACGAGCUCAAGGACCACCGCGUGACGAAUUUCUUAGAUCUGGAAAUCACGGUGGAGGCUUUCGGGGAGGUGGACGAGGUGGCGAUCGCGGUAGUCGCGGUGGUCGCGGUGGUCGUGGCGGUCGCGGCGGUGGAUUCGGACGUGGCGGCGGAAGGGGACGUGGUGGUCGGCAGUAG